UAUAGCCUGUUUUAAUCACCAAAUGUCAAUUAAGGUACGUUCUAAAUUUCUAAUGCCGCCGCAGCUUCCGUUGUAUUGUCCGUCGUACUCCGUCAGUGUAUUCCGAGCUGUUCUUCUGAUGAAAAGCCAUCGCAACUUUUUGUCAUAUUCUUCUGCUUCAUCCUCUAAAGAAUCGCUGGUUCUCUCAACAUCGUAUAUGGCUCUUCCUCGAUCUCUCGCAUUUUUCCCUUUUUCAAUGAUUCUUCUUCGUCUCCGACCUGAAAUGGUGGUUGGUUGGUAUCAUUCACAUCCUGGUUUUGGCUUUUGGCGCUCUGGGGUUGACAUUAAUACUCAACAUAGUUUUGAACCUUUGAACCAGCGAGCUGUAGCUCAGUUAAAAGAAAAUGAGUAGAGGACUUGAAGAAGAUAAAAUGAUGCGGAAGGAGAAGCUAGCAAGAAUGUCGUGACAGAGUGGUGGAUUUAAUGGAUUUUUAUGUAAUGUUUAAAACUUAUAUCUUAUGUUUUAUGUUGGUAUCCAGAUAAUUGACAAUUGUUAUGUGUGCUAUUUAUUUCAAUAAAUUAAUUUUUAAUAAA